CUGGUCCGUCAACUGGAGCACCAUCAAGCACAGCUGGUCCGUCAACUGGAGCACCAUCAAGCACUUCUGGUCCGACAACUGGAGCACCGACAAGCACUUAUGGACCGACAACUGGAGCACCAUCAAGCACUUCUGGUCCAACAACUGGAGCACCGUCAAGCACAGCUGGUCGAUCAACAGGAGCACCGACAAGUACGGCUGGUCCAACAACUCAAGCAAUUCCUUCAACUAAAUUGCCAUCAACUUCCCAACGUCCUAGCCCUACUCCAAAGAAGUGCUGCAACUAUCUUAAAUGCCAAGUUUGCAACAAAUAUCAGAUUUGCGAUGAAUAUAAUUAUCCAAAUCCUUGCGUGUAAAGGAGGAAUAAUUAAUACAUUAUUGUUGUUAAAAAUAUUUCCCUGUCUCUUUCAUAAUUCUAUUUUUAUUUUUAGCUUUUCCUUUAACAUUUUCGAGAAUGAAUAA